AGCCCAGUUCCUCCAGUUGCCGCCACUUCCGACCCUCCCAUUGCCGCUCAGUCCACUCUCAAAGGACAGAAAUCCUAGAAGCCCGGGAAGAGAGGAAGGAGAGAAAGAGAGUCAUGCCCCCGCCGAAGCUCUACCGGCAGCAUCUUCACUCCUUCUCGACUAAGCGGCUCAUCCAUGCCGUCUCCGUCGACGUCCCCGACCUCCUUAGCGCCCCGAAUUUGGACGCCUUCACCGUCACUCCUCCCAUCUCCGGCUGGCCCUCCCGCCUCACCCCACGCCGCCUCGUUCGCAUGAUAACUGGCCAGCAGAACGUCGAUCUCGCCCUCCAGAUGUUCGACUACGCCGGCAAAUAUCACAAGGGCUUCUCGCACACCCCCGAGACCUACUCCGCUAUGAUCGAACGCCUCGCCCGUGCCCGCGAAUUCGAUGCUAUGGAGUCCCUCUUCCGGAAAAUGCAGCCCGACGGCGUCCGCUGCGGCGAGCUCGCCUUCAUCAUCGCUAUCCGCAACUACGGUUUUGCGAACCGGCCGCUGCCGGCCGUCCGGUGCUUCCUCCGCAUGCCGGCGUUCGGCGUUGGCCGCUCCGUCCGAUCCUUCAACACCCUCCUCAACGCCAUGGUCCAAACGAAGCGAUUCGACCUCGCUCACUUCCUCUACAAGAAUGCCUGCAAAUUGGGAAUCAUCCCUAACGUCUUCUCCUGCAACAUUCUGAUCAAGGCCCUCUGCAAGAUGAAUGAUGUAACCGCCGCGCUCAAGGUCAUGGAGGAGAUGCCGCAGCAAGGGUUCGUUCCCAAUCCAGUCACCUACACGACAGUCCUCGGGGCCCUCUGCGCCUCCGGCGAUCUAUGGAAGGCCAGGGAGAUCUUCAACGAGAUACGCAGCAAAGGAUGGGUUCUUGACGCUAUCAGCUACACCGUUUUGAUCGAUGGGUAUUGCAGGAACGGCAGAUUGAUCGAUGGCGUGAAGCUUAUGGACGAUAUGGAAGAGAAUGGUGUCCGUCCCAACGACGUUACGUACAGCGUCGUGAUCGAAGCGCUCUGCAUGGAAGAAAAAUCUGGGGAGGCUCUGAAUCUACUGAACGAUAUGCUUGAGAGGAGGUUUCUGCCUUCGUCAUCCUUGUGCUGUAAGGUUAUAGAUUUGUUGUGUCAUAAGGGGAAGGUGGACGAGGCAUCGGCAUUGUGGAAAAGACUAUUGAAGAAGAAUUGCACGCCGGACAAUGCUAUCUCCAGCACGCUCAUAUAUUGGCUGUGUAAGCAUGGGAAACACAGAGAAGCGAAAAAGCUUUUCGAUGAAUUCGAGCGAGGAUCGAUCCCGAACAUUGUCACAUAUAACGCCUUGAUUUCAGGGAUGUGUGAGAAUGGAGAAUUGCAGGAAGCAGGGAGAUUGUGGGACGAUAUGAUCGAUAAGGGGUGCCCUCCAAAUGUCCAUACAUACAACACACUGAUCGGGGGUUUCUGUAAAUCCGGCAGAGCAGAUGAAGGUAUUAAGCUGUUGGAGGAGAUGAUUGAGAAGGAAUGUGCGCCGAACAGGUUUACCUUUGCUGUGCUGCUUGAUGGUUUUCUUGGGAAGGGCAUGGAGGAGAGGAUCACAGAUGUUCUUAUGGCUACAUUGAGUAGAGGAAUUCUUCUUGAUAUUGAUUCAUGGAGGGUAUUCGUGACCAAGGUUGUUGAUGGGUCUGAGGAUUGGAGGCAUACUCUCGAUGGUAUCGUGAGGCUUUGAUUGCAAGCAUAAUAUGUUUGGAAGCUCUAUUUUACUAACUGACCUCCAUGAAAAUGGACAAACUGAGGUCUCAACCGUGAAAGAGAUCAUAACGCUCAUAUCCGAUCGCAUGGGAGAACUCAUAGAUUCUUUUGAGUGAAAUAAUUCAUCCUUCCUGGAUACUUGUGAACCAAGCAAUUGAAUUGGAUGAACUCAAGGAGCAGUUCAUCAUUCCCCGCAUGCCUCUGCCUAACUACUUUCCUUCAGUGAAGGGAAGGAUUCAAUUUUUUUUUUUUCCAGAUUAUUCGGCGGGCAGAAUCUAUACAACGGUGGUUUGAGUAAGUCUUGAAUGAGUUCAAUCCACUUUGUUCUUCGGGUUUAGACGGGUAGCUACAGUGAUUGUUCGUUGUUCCCUCACGUGCCAAUUCAUGUGGAACAGUCUGCUGUUUACAGUUGCCUGUUUUGAGAGUCUUGUGCAUUGAUCAAUAGAAGGUCUGACCAUUUUCAUGGUUAGAAAUACGAUUGGCGACUUCUUGGUACCUAAGUGAUGGCGUCUUAUUUGCAGCAUGCAGUUAUCACUUUUUUGGUAGUUCAUCAAGGUUGGACUUGGCAGCUAUUGAAUUAGCCCAAGAGGCAGUAAAAUAUGGGGGACUCGGUUGGCAUGUCUUUUUAACUUAUAAUCGGCAUGCUUCAGUUGUUGAACCGGACCAGGGUGCAGAGCGAAUCGAAAUUCCAUUGGGGUUUACUUUCGGCUUCUUACAGCUCAUGCUUCGCUAAUCCCCGACCGAUAGGCGGUGCCCUGUUGUUCUUCUGGUUAGUUAAAUCAUUUGGUUCUUCACAGACAUGGUUAUGCUUUCUUCAACAUGAAGGAAAUGAAAUAUGUUGUAACUUGCAUUCAUUGUUUAACAUCACCAUAUACUUGUAUAAAAAAGAAAAAAAAUUACCUUAAUGUUAUCAUAAAAGAUGGUUAAGAUAUUGUUUGUAAUUUAUAGGCCUUCGGAUGAAUUAAGCAGUGAUUUGGUGUA